AUGUCAGCAGUUAUUAACACGUUGUCAACCUCUCUAGACCGGCAAGCUUCCCCUCUCCUUUCCGUGCCUCUGGGAUCCAAUAAUCCCUUCCGCAACAGGACUUCAUCGGCAUCUCUACUCGCAACCCCAACUGGAAGACCUCGACCAGUGUCCACCAACCCGUUCCUUGACGAGUCAGAAGCCCUUGCAUUACAAUCUGCAGGAAACAUGUCACCCACUAAGACUUCGAAACUGGACCCUGACGUCGUUGAUCGCGCGUCACGAUUGUUUGACAACCUUUCCUUAGACCCUCCAGCAAAACCCAGAGAACGACGGCCCCCUCCUCCGCCAAAUUCCGAGAAUCUUCCAAGUGGCAGAUAUCCAAAGGGAAAAGAGCCUGCGCGCCCACCUCGUCGUCCAUCGAAAGAGGACCCAAAUUCUCGCCGGCCUGGAACCUCAAAACCUUUGAUUGAUAUUUUCGCCGAUCCCCAGGAACCCCGUCGACCACACCCUCAUCGCAGAGAGCGACGUCGCAGGAACUCAGAAUCCUCUGUUAUGGAACGAUCUAAGCCUCUUGACCCAGAGGAGGAGCGGCGUCGACGAGAGCGAAGACACAAAGACCGAGAUGCAAGGCACAAAGACCGAUCUCAUCAUUCACGAAAAAACAAUUACAAGCUGGACAUAAUCGACAAGCUUGACGUUACUAUGUUCCAUCACGAUGGUCCUUUCGAUGCGUGCAACCCUCACCGAAACCGCAAAAAUCUGCGCAAUGCUCCUAUGCAAGCUUUCCCAAAGGACUCAAGAAACAUGGCUCUGGGCGGAGCCGGGCCAAACAACAGCAGUCUAGACCUUAAUCAAUUCCACGGACGUGGCGAGGAAGGAUACGCUGAUUUCUCAAAGACAAGUCGCACAACUGAGAGAUUCGACCCGACCGCUAGAGUAGAACCGAUCCACGGAGCUGAGAGUAUGGGUCUUGGAACUUCCACCUUUUUAGAAGGAGCUCCCGCUAGCCGUGCUGCGAUCGAACGACGACAGAGCGAAACGGAAGCUCAAGCCCUACAAAGCGCGGGAUUGCAGCGUAAAAAGAGUUUAGCACAGAAGAUUAGAGGGAUCAACACUCGCGGCGGCGCUGGACGUGUUACUUCUCCUGAGCCGCCUAUUCGCAUGUCCCCAGUUAGCGGCCCUAGCACGAAGCGAAACGACAAGAACCCAUUCUUUCAAGACUACGAUGAAGCAUAUGAUGUCAAGGGAGUGAGAAUACAGGAGGUUGCUGAUGAAGCGAAGAAGGAUGGCGCCAGACCUCGAUCCGUCAGCAGCCCGAAAUCCAUCUCUGUCUCGGAAAGAAAGUUGACUGGUGAAGGAAUUACGAAUGGAGAAACGAAACCGCAAUCAAGUGGCGGAGGUAUUGGCGGCGGACUCAUGAACCGGAUGAAGAGUUUGAGAAGGCCACGCCCGGAGAGGAGAACAACGGUCGGGGAUGCCUAA